AUGCUCCGUAAAAAGGCAUUUAAUGAACUUGGAAGCCCUGAUAUAAUUUUUGCACUUGGAUAUGCCAACCCUCCUUGUGUCUCCAAAGAACUUGCUGAAAGUCGCUCUGAUUUUGUCACAACUGUGGUAAUGCAGGCAAGUAUUUUUGAAAAGGAAGUCUGGAAAGAUGUCAUAGAUCUAAUCACUAAUGCUAGGCAGGUUGUGUCAUCUGUACAAGACGUGGCUCGAAAACUUGCUGAAUACGCCAAAUUCAGAGGCCGGACAAAACAUUCUGAGUUGUCCAUAAAGGGGGAAGUUGACAUGGUUCAGAGCAUUUCCUCAACUUCUAAUCCUGCAGGUGCAAGCUGCGAUAUUUUAAAAAGUGAUGAAACUGCCAGUGAAGUAGCUGAGUUAUAUGUACUUGGAACUCUCUAUUAUCUAAAAAGGAUCGUGGUUGUACGAAGACAUGACAAACGUGAGGAAAUUUUCAUGCUGUGCAAGAGAGAAACAGGUGAACAUUUUCAGAGGAAAUUAUUUUCGAUCAACAUAAUUUUAGAUCACAAAUGUGAUAUCCAUUAUUAUGCUAUGAGGGAUGUACUUAAGGGCUUGCGUGCUUCUUUUGAGAACAGAAAUUUGAAAUAA